CAGAAUCAUCCGAACAGAUUCUCCUGUCUCGGUUGCCAAUUGCUCGAGUUAGAGUUGUUUGCAAUGGCCGUCCUGCAGAAAUCUGUGAGCUCCCUCCUCCUAGGGACUCUGGCCGCCAGCUGCCUCCUUCUCACGGCCCUGUCGGUGCACGGAGGAGCAGCCGUGCCCAUCAGCUCCCACUGCAGGCUUGACAAGUCCAACUUCCAGCAGCCUUAUAUCACCAACCGCACCUUCAUGCUGGCUAAGGAGGCGAGUUUGGCAGAUAACAACACAGACGUCCGUCUCAUUGGGGAGAAACUGUUCCGCGGAGUCAGUAUGAGAGAGCGCUGCUAUCUGAUGAAGCAGGUGCUGAACUUUACCGUUGAAGAAGUGCUGCUCCCCCAGUCUGACAGGUUCCAGCCCUAUAUGCAGGAGGUGGUGCCCUUCCUGGCUAGGCUCAGCAACAAACUAAGCCCAUGCCACAUCGAGGGUGAUGACCAGCAUAUCCAGAGGAAUGUGCAACAGCUGAAAGACACAGUGGAAAAGCUUGGAGAGAGUGGAGAGAUCAAAGCAAUUGGAGAACUGGAUUUGCUGUUUAUGGCCCUGAGAAAUGCCUGCAUUUGACCAGAGCAUAGCUGGAAAAUGAAUAACUAAACCUUCUUGCCUGUUAGAAAUCACAAUAAGAUCCCCAAAGGGUUUUUUUACCAAAAGGAAAAUGGGAAGCCAAACUCCACCAUCAUGGGUGGAUUCCAAAUGAACCCCUGCUUAACUUAAAAAGGAAACCAAUGUAACUUCUGUUCAUGAGACCAGAAGGUAGACCUUCUAAGUACAGAGAUAUUUAUAACAUUGUAUUGUACCUAGUGUUCUAUGCACAGAAAAUAAUUUAUUUUUCAAGCAAUUGUCUAUUUCCAUAAAAAAGAUUACUUCCCAUUCCUUUUGGGAAAAAAACCCUAAAUAACUUCAUGCUUUUAUAAUCAAUACCUUAUAUUUAUAAAUUUAUUUAUUGUUAUAAGUACACAUUUUAUUUAUGCUAUUUUAUUAAUAUAGAUUUAUUUAUAGAAAGAUUAUUUGAUAUUGCUACUUGAGUAUAAGUCUAAUGUUAAUAUUUAUAACAGUAAUUAUGGAGCUAUAACAUGUUUAUGUGACCUCAAUAAACACUUGAAUAUCC